CUCAAGCAGGGAAACGUGUACCACUCUUGCAGCAUCUUCUUCAGCAUUAUUUAGUUUUAUAAAUCAAACCAUGGCGGUGUCAAACUACUCCUUGAAAGUGAACAGAGACCUCCUGGACCCACACUUUGAAAGUUACAGACUGUCUUUGGACGCCAUUCCCACGUACACCAUAGAGCUGGAUGCAGCUGUGGAGGAGCUGAAGCUGAAGGACUCUCAGUACACUCUGGAGCACAUGCAGGCGUUUGGCAUGUUUAACUACCUGCAUUUAGACCCCUGGUACGAGGACAGCGUUCUGUUUGUCGACUGUAAAGGACGGGUGCUCAGUCUCACAGUCACUCUGGACACAGCAUUGGGGAAGCCUCGGGAGGUGUACCGUACAGACCCAGAGUCCACCUCCUGUGAUGGGCGCCUAUGUGCGUCUUUGAGCCUCACCUCCUCCACGUGGGCGGCGCUCUCAGACGGAACGGGGCUUUUGCACCUGCUCCGCACUGGCAAGAGAGGAAACGGCUCACACAACAAGUGGGAGCCAUUGUUCAGUGAAUCGAUUGGGGAGCCAUUUGUGAUCCUCCACAGCGUGUCUCAUGUGGAGGGCGGAGUCCACAGCAUUGAGGUCCUGGUCCUGAGAGUCCAGAAAGACCCAGAGGAGACCAAGGGCAGCGGCUUCUACGUGGGCCUGGAGUGGAUCACUGUCUCCAACACUGCAGAAAAAGGUCAGGAGAAGUCUUACUCACUGAGGAAGAGGAGGUCAUUGAGAGGAAAAACCGUGCCCCACUACGCCGCACUAGAGCCCCACGGGACCGGGCUGAUGCUGGCCUCUGAGAAACCCUUUACGUUCACACACCUGGACGGGCUGCCCAUAGAGCGAGCGGAGCCAGAGCCCAUGGAGGUGGAGAAGACAGAUCCCAUUUACGUGUGGCAGCAGACCGCCGAGGACCUGACCGUGUGCGUGAGACUGCCGCAGGGCGUGACCAAAGAUGAUGUGAUGUUCAGUCUGACGCCGGACCACCUCAGCAUCGGGGUCCAAGGAUUCUCUCCUCUGCUCCACGGUCAGCUGUACGCCGCCGUGGACCCUGAGGGCAGCGCCUGGUUUAUUAAAGAUAACAAGAGUUUGGAGGUGACACUGCAGAAGCGCAGUGAGGGGGCACUGUGGCCUGAGCUGGUGAUGGGCGAUCGAAGAGGAGAGUUAGUGAUGAGUGACGAGCAGACGGCCCAGAUCCACGAAAGACUCAAACACCUCACCUCAGAGGAUCUGAUCGCGACCUCAGACCUGGACAAACCGCCAGUUAACUCACAGGAGCUGGAAGACUGCGAUGGCUUCCCUGAUGACAGCUCCUCUCUGGUUUAUUUUGAUGGAGAGACGAUGAAGCCUACUCUGGUGGUUAAUUUGGGGAGUCACCAGUACCUGUUCACGGUGCAGUCCGACCCGACCCAGAUGCCCUGCCUCUGCCUCAGACACGACGUGGACGCUCUGGUUUGGCAGCCGCGCCCUGAACAGCCUGAACACAUGUGGGAGCACGUGGCCACUUUCAACGCACUUGGCUACGUCCAGGCGUCCAAACGGGAUAAGAAAUUUGCCACCUGUGCUCCAAACUUCUCGUACGCCUCUCUGUGUGAAUGCCUGCGCAGAGCCUUCAUCUACCGACAGCCCGCCCCAGUGGAGACUGUGCUUUUCAACAGGCGGCAGGGGCGGCAGGUGGGGCAGGUGGCCAAACAGCAGGUGUCAAGUCUGGACUCGGACCGGCCCAUCCUGGGAUUCAGAGCCACCAACGAGAGACUGUACAUACUCACCUCCAGCAACCUCCAUGUGCUCAAGGUUAAUAACAUUUAGAUUUUAAAGGAGCACACUCGCAAUUUUCUUGUCUCCAUGGAGAUGUUUCACAAUCAUUAAAGAUGCACUAUGCAACUUUUCUGGUGAGGGGUACACCAACCUUCAAUAUCCUUCUGAGACCCAGCCCAUUCUUUUGUGUCCAUUAUAGUGGACAUUGACUUAACCAGUCUAUCUUUUAAGUGUUUUGAGAUAAACUCUUAAUGGGGGGACUAGAUUCCUCUGCUUAAAUAGGGCUAGAGAUUAUAGGGUACUAUUAUGUCCAGUAUUAAAAAAUGAAUAGUAGGGUGACCAGAUUUUCAAAAUAAAAAAUUGGUUGUGCGUAAUUAAGGAGAAUUGUUCUGCAAUUGGCCCAUUCAUGACUAACAUGUGUCAGUGUAGUCAUGUUUUCUUUGUGUUUUGGUCAUUUUUAAGCAGCUUUACUGUAUUUUACUAGCCUGAUUCAUCAGCCAGUUUCACUCCGUGCAGUAUUAGGAUUUGAUCUCUCGACGGUAGGAGAUUUUUUUUUAUAAUUUAUUUUUUUUUAAUUUAACCAAUCGUUGCUAUUUGGUCGUGACGUGUCUAAUGCACCACAGGGCUAACUGAUAUAUUAAGCUUUUCCCAAAUCUUAUAGGAAGAAGGGCAAUAACGUCUUUCCCCUUGAUAAAAUUCACCAAACAUUCUCUUUGUUCCGGCCUUGAAUCCUCGAUCUCGGGAAUCGUUGCCAACACAGAAUAUAUGUCUCUUUGCUGAUUGGCUGGUGUCCAGACUUGCACUUCUGGGGUUCUUGCAAACCAUCUAGUGUAUUCUGAUUCCUGACCUAGUCGCUGGAGAGAUAUGAAGUUGAGUGGAGGCGCUAGUCUAGUAAACAAAUGACAAUUUAUGCCUGUCUGUACUGUUGGCAGCUAUGAAACUGGUCAAAAAUAGGGACAGCUGGGACAUUUCUUGUGUAAACCUGGGAUGAAUCACUGGUUUUGUAUAAAUCUGGUGUGACAGGGGACACAGAGCUCAAAACUUGGACUGUCCCAGACAAAUAGGGACGUCUAGUCACCCUACUCAAUAAGAGUUAGUUUGCUGCUGCACUAUGAUAAAAAAAAAUAAAUAAAUAAUACAUAAAAAAAAUGAAAAGGGAAUAUAAAAACUUUUGAGGCGACUGUAGAAGCUUGUCAGAGAUGUUGGUCAUCAGAAAAGUUGUUAUUGUUAGGUUGUCUACGUCAAAUGGAUUUAACACCAAAAUGUCCCUGGCGUCCAUUACAGAGGACAUGUUACAAAUUAGAAAUAAAAAAUAAUAAUAAAAUUAACAAGGAUCCCAGGAGUAUAUGUUGUUUCCCUGUCUGGAAAGUUCCACAUUGAAGGUGUACUAUAUAAUUAGUAAUUAAUAAUAUAUUUCUGUGUCUGGAAAGUUCAGCAGUAUGGCUACAAGCAGUUUUUUGCAUUUGUUUCAUUCAUUUAUUGUGAUUAUAGUACACAAAAACACCUUGAUAAACUAAAUAAAUGAAAUAAAAUGCAUUUUUACUGUGGCCUCUCCACAGAUCUGACCUGGCUUAGCUUGGUGGUGCUUUUCUCUAAGGAUAUAGACGAGAAAAACAGGACCGUGGACCCCCUAUCAGAAAAGUUAUAUAGUGCUCAUUUAAACUUGUAUAUAUACUGUAUGUGUAUUCCAUGGAAACAUUCAGAUUAUGUGAAAUUUUGUGGAAUGAUAAUUAUACAGAACCAGCUACAUAUCGGUGGAUGAAAACCAUGUAGAGACAAAUGCUUGUAACUGUAUCAGACCAGUGAGAAAAGAGGCAACAGCUCAAAGAUCCACGGUUUAAAACUGGGUUCAGGCCCUUUAAACAGGUAAGACUUUUAGAUAUUAUUUACUUUAUGGACCAAAGGACAUUAUCUGGAGUAAAUGAAUUGAUCUUCUGAGUGUUGUUGCUUUGUUGAAAACUGAAAACUGUCCGUAACGAUGUGUUUCCAUGAGACUGUAUACAAAUAAAUCUCUCACUGUGAUUAAUA